GCGCCAGCUCAGUUGGUUGUAAAUUUGCAGAGCGAGACAUAAUCGGUUCGGUUUCAAUGCCUCCAUAUUUUGUCAAUAUAAUUGCCGGUAUUUUGCUAGGCAUCACGCUGCAAGCGACUGUUAGUCGGGCUUCAGAUAUUAAAGAUCCAUAUUUUGUUGCCGGCGUAGUUGAAUUUCGGCCUGACUUUAUUGGCCUAACAACGGAGCAAUUGGUUGCCAAACACACAGAUGCUUAUACGGAAAUACUUAGCUCAGCAGAGGCGCUGGAGACUGAUAUUGUGGUCUUUCCGGAGAGUACAUUGAAUAAUGAAUUCAAACCAACUUACGUGCCAGCGGCUGAAGACGCGAUCAUACCGUGUUUGCUGGCUAACCAGAGUAGUCGCUAUGAAAACUUUCUCAUCGCGCUCUCUUGUGCCGCACGUACAAAUCGGAAAUAUGUUGUGAUCAAUUUGACAGAGAAAGAGGACUGUGCGUCCAAUGCGGCAUUUGAUCCACGUCCAUGCGCCACAAAUGGCUUAAAUACGUACAAUACAAAUGUGGUUUUCGAUCGUGAGGGGCGUGUCAUUUCGCGCUAUCGCAAGGUGAAUAUUUAUUUGGAGCGGAAAAAUACAACUUACCAGCCGGAGUUUGCCAUAUUCGAUACGGACUUUGGUGUGCGAUUUGCGCACUUCAUCUGCUUCGAUUUGCUCUUCUACACGCCCGCCGAAGAGUUGGUGGUUAAAUAUGGCAUAAAAAAUAUCAUUUUCACCGCUAUGUUCUAUUCGGAAACGCCAUUUUUAACAGCCGUUCAACUUCAACAAUCUUGGGCUUGGGGCAACAAUGUCACGCUGCUUGCUGCUGGCGGUAGUUAUCCGCGUUCAGGAGCCACAGGUUCUGGCAUUUAUGCAGGCAGUUAUGGCAGCUUGGUGUCGAUAAUGGUUGGCAAUACGGGUGUUCGUCAAAUCCACGUAGCGAGAGUGCCAAAGUUUGAUCAAGAAAGUAGUCAAAAAUCAGUUCCAGUCAAACCAUUUACUGAAGACACCACUCAACCACAAACUGGCAUUAGCCUGCUAAGAGAUCCACAGCUGGAUAACUUCGAGUCCGAGUUACUGGACUUAAAUAGCUCCUCCGCAAUUUCAUUAGAACUUUGCACCGAAGAGCUCUGCUGUACCCUCUCAGCCGAAACGACCACAAGUGAGCGUAGCUACGGUAAUGGAACCGCAACGAGUGUUUAUUAUUACCGCUUCGGCGUCUUCACCGGUUUACGCUCAUAUCAGAAGGAGCAGUACAGUGCUGUUGCCAUCUGCGCUAUAUAUGCUUGUACCAACGACACAGUUUCUAGUUGUGGUCUCUUGCACCCAGCCAAUAUAAAAAUUACACCGACGUAUGCUUUCAAACGUCUGAAUAUUAGUGGAAGCUAUAAAAAGGCAGAACGGUUACUGCUCAUGCCAAAUACACUCGACUUAAGUCUUUAUCCGCUGGAGCCAGCGCAGGUGGCGUGGCACCGUGUUGACAACGGCAAAUCUUUCGAGGCUGCAAUUGAACUGAAAGCUACCGCGGACAAUCUUUUGGCUUUUGGCAUCUACGGGAACUACUAUGACAGCUCGGUGGCACUCAGAUAUGGCGGCUCUUUGGCAGUUUUGUUGUCAACCUUAGUACUGUGGCUAGGCCUCUAUGUGAUAGACUUCUUACAUUUAAGAAUGAAUAUGUAAAUUAAAAUUAGAGAGUAUACUGUUGAUAUUAGAAUAUUAAAAA